GGGGGCGGCGUCCGCCCUGUCCCGUCCGGCGCUCGCCCGGGUCCCAUCCCGGGUCCCUGUACCGUCUGUCCGUGUCUGUCGCCCGUGCGUCCCAGCCAUGAGCUCCACGCAGUUCAACAAGGGACCCUCGUACGGGCUGUCGGCCGAGGUCAAGAACCGGCUCCUGUCCAAGUACAACCCGCAGAAGGAGGCCGAGCUCCGCAGCUGGAUCGAGGGCCUCACAGGCCUCGCCAUCGGCCCUGACUUCCAGAAGGGCCUGAAGGAUGGGGUUAUCCUGUGCACACUCAUGAACAAGCUGCAGCCGGGCUCUGUACCCAAGAUCAACCGCUCCAUGCAAAACUGGCACCAGCUAGAAAACCUCUCCAACUUCAUCAAGGCCAUGGUCAGCUAUGGCAUGAACCCCGUGGACCUAUUCGAGGCCAAUGACCUGUUUGAGAGCGGGAACAUGACGCAGGUCCAGGUGUCUCUGCUUGCGCUGGCGGGGAAGGCCAAGACGAAGGGGCUGCAGAGCGGUGUGGACAUCGGGGUGAAGUACUCAGAGAAGCAGCAGCGGAACUUUGACGAUGCCACCAUGAAGGCCGGGCAGUGUGUCAUCGGGCUGCAGAUGGGCACGAACAAGUGCGCCAGCCAGUCGGGCAUGACGGCCUAUGGCACCCGGCGGCACCUCUACGACCCCAAGAACCACAUCCUGCCCCCCAUGGACCACUCCACCAUCAGUCUGCAGAUGGGCACGAACAAGUGCGCCAGCCAGGUGGGCAUGAAGGCUCCAGGGACCCGACGCCACAUCUAUGACACCAAGUUGGGGACCGACAAGUGUGACAACUCCUCCAUGUCCCUGCAGAUGGGGUACACACAGGGCGCCAACCAGAGUGGCCAGGUGUUCGGCCUUGGCCGCCAGAUCUAUGAUCCCAAGUAUUGCCCUCAGGGCACAGUGGCAGAUGGGGUACCCUCUGGAACCAGCAACCUCCCAGAGGAUGCCUCGGAGUACCCGCCCUACUAUCAGGAGGAAGCUGGCUGCUGAGGCACCCCACUGACCCUUCCAUGGUCCCUCCAUCCGGGUUUUUGUUUUUUCUGUGGUUUUUUUCUUUUCUUUUUUUUUUUUUUUUAACAUAUUCAGUGCUGUGGGGUUGGGUGGG